UCUACAGAGACACUCUGGUUCGCUUUCUGUUGCGCUCUCGUCGUCUUUGCAGCCCUGCCGUCUCCCCUGCACCUAUGAAGCCUCGGAGUAAAAGCUGCCAACCCCUCAAUUUGAUUCACUUCCUGUAGUCAGACUCCUUUCCAACAGGGGAGAGAGGGGGACACGGGGAAAGGAAGAAAUCUUUCUGUUCUAAAUAAGGCUCUCUGAGGAGCAGCAAGCAACUCCUCGUCUCUGCAUAGCUUCAGAACUUUUGUAGUGCUGUGUGAGGGGCAGUCAAACCGUCGCGCACAGCGGUGUGUCUCAAAUACAGACAUUUUAUUUUUUUAUUUAAUCUUUUUUUUUGCGUUAACAAAAAAAAAAAAACACAACUGUGCGUCAGUUACACCAGAAUCCAUGCAUGAUACGGAUGGUACAAGUUCUGACGCCCAUCGCCGACUCUUCCCCUGAUUCCACGCACCGGGUUUGGAGACACUGUACGCUGUGAGACUCCAGGGGUUCAUGUACUGGAAAAAUGAAGUUUUGUCCCCUCUCUCAGAGGGAAAUAAGAUUCUGUCCGACGGAAUUCCAACGAAGCAGGUGAUCUCUACGGAGCAUCAGAGUACACCGGGAGCCUCGCGCUGCAGUGUGGACUCUAAACACGCGCCAAUGUCUCACUCGGACGGAGAAUCCCAGCUGUCCAACAUGGAGCGUGAGGACACUCGCUCGUCCCCGAGCACUCCGUCCACCCCGUCGGUGUGCUCGCCGACCUCCACCACCAGCUCGGUGCCGUCCACUGGGAAGAACAUGUGCGCCAGCUGCGGUCUGGAGAUCCUGGACAGAUAUUUGCUGAAGGUGAACAACCUGAUCUGGCACGUGCGCUGUCUGGAGUGCUCCGUGUGCAGGACGUCGCUACGUCAGCACAGCAGCUGCUACAUCAAAAACAAAGAGAUCUUCUGUAAAAUGGAUUAUUUCAGUAGGUUUGGUACUAAGUGUGCCCGCUGUGGGCGGCAGAUAUACGCCAGUGACUGGGUGCGCCGCGCAAGGGGAAACGCAUACCACUUGGCAUGUUUUGCAUGCUACUCGUGUAAGAGGCAGCUGUCCACGGGAGAGGAGUUUGGCUUGGUGGAGGAGAAGGUCCUGUGUAGGAUUCACUACGACACCAUGGUGGAGAACCUCAAACGAGCAGCUGAGAAUGGCAACGGUAUCACGUUAGAAGGAGCAGUUCCAACAGAACAAGACAGUCAACCCAAACCGGCCAAAAGGGCACGGACAUCUUUCACUGCAGAGCAGCUACAGAUCAUGCAGGCUCAGUUUGCCCAGGAUAACAAUCCAGAUGCCCAGACGCUACAGAAACUAGCCGACAUGACAGGCCUCAGCAGGAGAGUUAUUCAGGUGUGGUUUCAAAACUGCAGAGCAAGACACAAAAAGCACACGCCCCAGCACAGUGGGGCUCCUCAAGGUCAUCCCCAGUCCAGGAUACCCUCGUCCAUGCCCGAUGAGCUGCAUUACUCCCCCUUUGGAAGUCCUGAGCGUGCGCGCAUGGUGGCCCUUCACGGGUACAUUGACAGUCAUCCCUUCUCUGUGCUGACCUCUCAGAGUCUCCCUCACCAGGCCAUGUCGCUGCCCCAGCUCCCCCUCAGCCGCUAGCGUUCCACUAUGACCCUUAUGACCCAUAACCUCUGGACCCUAACCCUUGAUCUCCCAUCAGUGAUGUCUGCCAACCUGACCCCAGAGGUCAAGCAGGAGUCAGCUUGGAGAAACGACAAAUCUAACAGGAGCCCUGCCCACUCGGAAAAAGAAAAAGAAAUGGAAGAAAGCCGACAAACGUCAUUAUGUUUUUUUCUCUCUCUGAGGACAGGAAUAUCCAACCUGCAACCAGUCUCACAAAAUGAUCAUGAAGCAUUUAUUAUUAGCAGGGACUCAUAGACUAUAUUUUACACCACCAAAAGGACCCAUUUUGCUUCAAGUGUACAGCAUCCUCCACUCUACUCCUCCACCCUCUCUGACUUGAAGGUGGAGGGACUUUUAAAGGGAUGAAACUGAUCAAGGAAGCAGGACUGAAGCCUCUCGAGUGCUGUCAGAACAUUGAAGAUAAACAAAGAGGGGAAAAUUUAAGGGGGAACUGUCAUUGUGGCCCAUGAGCUGGGCACACACAGUAGACCACAUAAGAGGUAAGACUCCUCCCUCUUUUCCUCUCUAAGCAACCAUGAAGGAAACCUAAACAUAAACAAAAUAUGCUCAGUGUUGAAAUAUUUCCUGUAGGAAUGACAUAGUGACUUUAUGACAUCUCAAAAAAAAACCAGAAGCUUCCCAGCUACAUUUUUGGUCAAUUUUCCACUGAAAUGAGGUGAAGAAUUAGAUUUUUGUUAAAGAAUUAAAAUAUUGUGUGCCUUAUCUUUUCCAUUAUUAAAAGAAACUAGUUGUUUACAGCAGUGAAAUUCUAGCUUGUAAUUCAUCACUAAACAAAGAUUGUGGUUUAUUUGGUUUAUUAUUUUUUAUUUUAUUAAUUUUUUUGACUGUGUAGAAGAAAUUAUGAGAAUUUUAAAUCUCCCAUUGGUAGAAAAUCACAAAUCUAUUGUAGCACGUUGACUGCUUAUCAUGAAGGAAAACCACAAAGCACAAUGUCUGGGCUUGCAUAUUAUUAAAUUAUGGCUGUAACAUUAGAAGCGGGAGCUAACAGAUUUGAAGGUCCCCACAAUCCUGUUACAUUUCGACACAGAAACAGAGGGAAGUCUGAGAUGAGCAUAUUUGUCAAACUACACAUUCCUACAAAAACCUGACAUGUUACAAGUUACAUAUUUUCAUAUUUCCAAACAGGUGUAUUGUCACUAAUUUAUGAUUUUAAAGUUGUUUGUUCAGCCUCUGUGUGCAUGUGUCUUUCGUACAAGGAGGGAAAUGGAGUAUUGGUACAAAAUGGACAAUAUACAACAGACUGGGUUGUACAUAGUAAGAUGUGCGUGCGUGUGUGUGUAUGUGUGUAUGUAUGUGUGUGUACUGGCAGGGGUAGCGAGUGUGCAUCUGUAUUUUAGUGCCAUGGCCAAUGUGUGAAGAACAGGAUCCAAUAAGACCUCAAUGUCCUUGUAUUUAUUGAGAUGGUAAAUCCCUGUAAAGCACUUUUUUCCCUCUGAAUUUGUUUUGUUUUGUUAAAAAACAUAAAAUGAAAUGAAACAAAAAGUUUAUUUGAUAGACUGUGCAUCAUAAAUGUUUUGUGUACUAAAUUGCAAUAAAAUAGAAUGUGAUAUUUUUGUGGUUUUGGAUCAUUUCUGAGGAUAAAUUAGAGAAGCAAUAAUUCACUUUUAUUUUCCCAAACAACGUGUGUGGCACAAAGCAAAGAAAAUUGGGUACAAUUAUUAAAAGGAUUUUUCAAAUGGCAAAAAUGCGAAUAAAAUCAAUACAUAUGAAGUAACCAUAUUUUCAAUGUGUUUUUUUAAUUAAGCCUGAUGUUCUCCUGUCUCGUCACUUCUUGUGAUUGUGGUUUGUUACAUGUUUAGGUCUUUGGUUGUGGGUGCAUGAAUAUAUUUGCCCAAUAUUUUGUGAUUACCUGUGUGCAUCCUAGUGUGUGUGUGUGUGUGUGUGUGUGUGUCCAUUUUCUCUAUGUAAUGUGAAUUACUCAGGAAGGGUGCACAAUGUGAUAGAUUUCCUUUGUGUAAAGGACUUGAUUCAUUUUAUUUAUUGAUGUUCCUUUCAUUUUUUAAAGUGGUUCAGGAUGUGGGACAUUCAUACCAUAACAGAUCAUCUUCUAAAAACAAUUUAUGGUUAUUAUAUGUUAAAGAGUAGUUUGGGUUUUAAUGAGAGCAUCAUCCUCACCCUGCAGACCAGUGUACUUUUAACAUUACCUGCACAUUAUUUUGUUUCAGAGAACAUGCACACAUGUUCCUGCUUAUAUGGCCACCCCGAUAAUUUCAUAAUUUUAGUAUUAAAAUAUUCAUUUGAUUUUUUCAUUGAUGACCUAUUGUGUCAUGAACACUACAUGUAUAAAAGCUGGGAAUGCCAUGUUUCCAUGGCAACCUUUUAAAUGUUAUCUAUAUCUUUGUAUGCAGAAACAUCAGCGUCAGCAUUUGAAUAUGCAUAUAACAAAUAUCAAGGAUAAAAACCACCAAAAAUCAAAACACUGCAUUCAUAUUGAACAAACUGGAAGCCAAGCUGGGUUUUUUUGCCGAGUGCUGCAAAUAAAUGUUGUGUUGCAAUCAAAUCAGAGCUGAUUCAAGUUUAGAAAUUUCUGAUUUGAUCAAGUAGAAAAAGUUUGUUUUUUUUUCACGAACAAACUGUAUUAACUUUUGACUCUGCAGGAAACUGAUAUUCACAGAUAGUAAAAUUAGAUUAAGCUAACCACACAAUUUAGAAAGAAACAAUGGUUGUAUAUAUGCCGAAAAAUAUGCUUGUAGACAUGCAUGGUUU